AUGGCUACUAUUUCACCAACAAAACUACCUUCGACGGAAGCACCACCGAACAUGGUUCCUCCGGUUUCACCUUGGCACUAUCCGAUUCCAUACCUCUUAGGCGGCCUAUUGAUGAUGGCUAUUCUUGUUGUUUGUGCUCUCUUGAUCUUGGAUUGCUCGUUUUGGAAGCGACACGGAGGAGGCAGCAAUGCCAACAGAGAUUUGGAGCCAGGUGGGGAGUCUGUGAAGGUGUUUAAAGACAAGGUUUUGGUUAUAAUGGCCGGAAAUGAGAACCCUACUUACUUGGCCACCGCGAUUCCAGUUUGCCUUACUAAAAGUACUAGUUUUGAAGAGGAAUUAGAGAAGAUAGAGGGAGAUGAUAAGGAAGAGAACUGUGAGAAAUCGUAA